CUUCGUUUCCCGUCAAAAACACACUUUCUGAACACGCGCGUUCUCUCUCAUCAUCACAGUAAUGGCCGAAGUAGCAAAACCCGCACCAAGCAAAAACAGCUUUCAAGAAAAAGACAAACCCACCGAAGUCCGGUUAAGCAACAUUGUUGCUGCUAAGGCUGUUGGUGAUGCCAUCCGAACAUCGCUUGGUCCUCGUGGCAUGGACAAGAUGAUCCAAACCGGUAGUGGUGAAGUUGUUAUUACCAACGAUGGUGCCACGAUUCUUAAACAUAUGUCUGUCCUUCAUCCUGCUGCUAAAAUGCUUGUCGAUUUGGCUGCUGCACAAGAUGUUGAAGCUGGUGAUGGUACUACAUCCGUUGUAGUUCUUUGCAGCUCUCUUCUUGCUGCUGCCGAAAAGAUGUUGAACAAAGGUAUUCACCCGACUACUAUCGCCGAAUCCUUCCAACGUGCUGCCCAGAAAGCCGUCGAGUACCUUUCCGAGAUGGCCACUCCAAUUGAUCUUUCUGAUCGCGAAUCGUUGCUGAGAGCAGCUUCCACUUCCCUCAACUCCAAGAUCGUUUCACAAUAUUCCUCCCUCCUCGCUCCCAUUGCUGUCGACGCAGUAACGCGCGUGAUCGAUCCUGCCGUCACUGAUAAUGUGAAUAUCAAAGAUAUUCGUGUCGUCAAGAAAGUGGGUGGCACCAUCGAUGAUACCGAGCUCAUUGAUGGUCUUGUUUUGAACCAGAACGUGGUCAAGAGCGCUGGUGGUCCUACUCGUAUGGAAAAGGCCAAGAUUGGUUUAAUUCAGUUCCAGCUUUCACCACCCAAGCCUGAUAUGGAAAACCAAAUCGUUGUUAACGACUACAGACAAAUGGACAAGAUUUUGAAGGAGGAACGUCAAUACUUGUUGAACAUGUGCAAGAAAAUCAAGAAAUCUGGCUGCAAUGUGUUGCUUAUUCAAAAGUCCAUCCUCCGUGAUGCCGUCAACGAUUUGUCUUUGCACUUCUUGGCCAAACUUAAGAUUAUGGUUGUCAAGGACGUUGAACGUGAUGAGAUUGAAUUUAUUGCCAAGUCGCUUGGAUGUAAGCCCGUGGCCGAUGUUGAAUCCUUCACAGAUGACAAGCUCGGAUACGCAGAUUUGAUUGAAGAAAGCGACUCUGCAGGCUCAAGAAUUGUCAAAGUGACGGGCAUGAAGCACGCCGGCAAAACCGUAUCUGUCUUGUGCCGUGGUGCCAACUCGCUCGUCUUGGAAGAAUCUCACCGUUCGCUUCACGAUGCUCUUUGCGUCGUUCGAUGCUUGGUCAAGAAGAAGGCUUUGAUUGCCGGUGGCGGUGCCCCAGAAAUCGAAAUCUCGCAGAAAUUGAUGGCCUUUGCAAAGACCUUGAAGGGCAUGGAACAGUACUGUUUCCAGGCCUUUGCAGAGGCACUUGAGGUGAUCCCUACCACGCUCGCCGAGAACGCUGGUCUGAACCCCAUCUCAAUCGUCACUGAGCUUAGAAACCGACACGCUCACGGCGAAAAGACCGCCGGUAUCAAUGUCAAGAAGGGCACUAUUACCAACAUUCUCGAAGAAAAUGUCAUUCAGCCCCUUUUGGUAUCAACAAGUGCUAUGGAGCUUGCAGCCGAAACUGUCAAGAUGAUCCUCAAGAUUGACGAUUUGGUACAAAGCCGAUAAAUUUCUUUUUGAUUUUACUUUAUCAUGCAUCUAAAAACAAAAAUACUAGUAAAAGGACUAAAAGCAUUUGUCGAGAACAAAUAA